GUAUGAAAUCGCAUUCAAUCACCUCCUUUUCUCAGACAUCAACUGUGAGAUUUUCAGAAUUUUCAGUGCAAAACAUCAUGAUGUUCAAGAUUUUUCUCAUCAGUACUCUGGCUGUUGCAGCAAUAGCAAAUCAUCAUGGUCACGACUACCAUCACCAUCACCAUCCCCAGCCAUAUCAUUUCGGCUACGACAUAAAAGAUCAUCAUGGUUCUCAGUACAGAAAAGAGAGUGGUGAUGGUAGUGGCCAUGUCCAAGGAAGUUAUGGUUUCACAGACCACCGAGGAGUUCACCGAGAAGUCCAUUACGUCGCCGAUCACCAUGGCUUCCGGGCUCAGGUGAAGACAAAUGAGCCGGGAACAGCCAAUCAGGAUCCAGCUCAUGUGCAUCUUCACUCCAACGCUCAAUAUCAUCAUCACCAAGAUCAUGGCCACCAUCAUGGACAUCAUUAAUAAAUGUUUCAUCAACUGUUAAAAAUUUGGAAUAAAGUGAGAUUAAGGUUAUAUAUAUAUAUAUCACGUAAAUAAGUAUUGAAAUUGUUGAUACGAUUCAUUACUAGAGAAAUAAAUACUGUGAUAUAA